GUGUUCUACUGAAGAAACAAAGACACCUACAUCUUGGAUGCGCUGGGGAGACUCAGAAACUUGAGGAUGGACUCUUUUGACUUGGACCAGCCAAGCAACACACACAGCACCUUACCUCAGAAUCCACAUAGCAACACCCUGGCAACAGUCUACCUAUACUUAGUGCAAAUGAAGAGGAAUGCACACGCGAGCCUGAUUUUCUCCCCAAACCUGCUCAGUGAGUGUCUCAUCCACAGCCAGUCAAACCGGAGAGACAGACACUCUCACAGCUGGAACAUUCAUUCUGAAUCACAGGUGUGUGUGGAGUAGAUUAGGUUCAACUUUAUUUUAUUAUUACAUUAAUUUGAAUUUACACCCUCAGAAUGAGUGGUCGUCUAUGGACAGAGGAGCAGUUUAACUGCCCUGUGUGUCUGGAUCUGCCAACUGACCCCGUGACCAUCCCGUGUGGUCACAGUUACUGCAUGGCCUGUAUCUCAGAUUACUGGGACAAUGAAGGCAGAAAAAGCGGCAUCUACAGCUGUCCGGAAUGCCGUCAGAACUUCAACCCACGUCCCACUCUCUGCCGGAACACCAUGCUGGCCGAAGCCGUGGAGCAGCUCCGCCGCGGGAACCUGAACCCCUCCGGGCGGGAGUCCAUCAAAAGCGCCCGGCGCGCGGCAACCUCCGCGUCUGAGCGCGCGCGCACACGGAGCAAAGGGGCUACUAAACAGCUGCCGGCCUCCGUUGUGCCAUGUGACCGCUGCCCGGAGCCCAAAGCGGCAGUGAAGACGUGUUUGGUGUGCAUGGCAUCGUUUUGCGAGACUCACCUGAAACCCCAUGACACGCAGGACAAGCUGAAGAGCCACGAGCUUAUCGCGCCCACCGGUAACCUGAGCCAGAAGAUUUGCCCUGAGCACAAGUACCUGCAGGAGUUCUUCUGCCGCUCGUGUCAGAUGUACGUGUGCUGGCUCUGCACCAGUAACCAGCACAAGGGUCACGAGAGCGUGUCCACACAGGCAGAGCGCUCUGAGAAGCAGAAAGAGCUGGGCACAGUUCUGUCUGAGAACCAUCAGAGACUCCAGGACAGAGAGAGAGAACUGAAAGACAUGAAAAAAGUCUUAGACACACUCACGCGUUCCUCAGACACGGUGCGGGACGAGGCGGAUACGGUCCUGUCUGAGCUCCAGGAGUCAGUGCAGCGGAUGCUGGAGUUGCUCCAAGACGUGAUGGUCUCCACUGGACAGGAGAAGCUCAACGAGGCCCAGGACGUGGUGACCAAAUUGGAGUCCGAAGUCAAACAGCUGAAGAAAAAAGAUGUAGAACUUAAAGAGCUCAUCAACUGCCAGGACAAUAUCUACUUCCUGAAGACGUAUCAGUCUCUGUGCUUUCCGCUGGAGGGGGGAGAGCUGGGAGCUGUGACCGUGAACCCUGAAGCCACGUUUGAUUCUGUCAGGAGUGUCAUUGUCCAGCUCAGGGAGAAAGUGGAGGAGAUGUGUGACCAGGAGCUGGACAAGAUCAACAAGACAGUGUUCAACACCACAGCGUUCACAGUGGCAGACCGCAACGGCCAGAAAACAGGAGGCAUAAUGAAGUUGUUUUCUGGAAAAGGAACCAAAGCUGCUCGUGCGCAAGGACCUCCACCACUGCCAUCAGUAAGCACACGAGGAUCUGUGAACACGCGUCCACAAGCCGUGAGAAACAAUGAGCCAGGAGCAGUUAAUAGACGUGUUACAAACUCCCAAAGACCAGCAAGAUCACCAAGAGAGGAGAGAGAUGACACCGACAGGAGCCGCAGUUCAUUGAGACCAAGAGAGACACAAAGAAGAGAGGAAAGAGAAAACACUGAAGCAGACACCUGGAGUUUAAGUUCAGUAAGAGGGAGACAGAGAGGAGAAAUCAGAGAGCAGGAAAGAGAAAAUCAGACUUCUCAAAGACGUCAAAGCACACAGAGCAGAAGCACACGUGAUGAAGAACAAGCGGAUCGCUGGAGCUUGAGUUCAAUCAGACCGAGAAUGAGGAGAGAGGACAAAGAGCAAGUCAAUGGAGAAAGUCAGAAUCUCUCACAGCAAAGAUCAAACGCUGCAGACAGACAGCAGCCGGCCAGACAAUCGGACAGAUGGAGUCUGAGCUCUCUCUUACCCAGAAACAGGAAGAAGAGACAGGACACAGUGAAAGAGGCCACACCUACUAUACAGGAGGCGGAGUCAGUGAGACCUCGUAGCCCCGCCUCUGCCAGUGUCUGGGGAGAGCCAACAGAAGUGAAUACAGCUCUGUUCCUGGACUCACCUACUGACAAUCCCUUCAUCAAUCCUGCUUUUCCCACAUUGAGAGAAAUUAACAUUGACAGCAUUCAGGCCCCAGAGCCCAGGACCAGAGAAGAGUUCCUGCAAUAUGCUUGUGAUUUGACCCUGGAUCCAAACACAGCCCAUCGGCGCUUGGUCCUGUCUGAUGGAGACACAGUAGCCACCCUUCAGCAGACGUCUCAGGCGUACCCUGACCUCCCUCAGCGCUUCGACGGCUGGACGCAGGUGCUCUGUCUCCAGCCCCUCUCCUCCGACCGCUGCUACUGGGAGGUGGAGUGGAGGGGGCGUGGCUCCUCUCUGGGUGUGGUCAGCGGCUCCAUGCCCCGCAAAGGAGCGGAUUCAGGGGCGGGGCUUGGGUAUAACAGCCAGUCAUGGAGCUUGGAGCUGUCAGACAUGUGCUGUGCAGCCAUGCAUGCCAAUCAGAAGGUGGAGAUCCCUGUGACCUACAGUCCUCGUGUAGGGGUGUUUCUGGACAGGCCCGCAGGGACUCUGACUUUCUAUAGUGUGGAUGAUGGGUUGGUUCCUCUCCACACCUUUCAAGGGUCAUUCCCACCCCCGCUGUAUGCUGCGUUCGGGGUAGGCUGUGGGGUCGGCGUGGGGCUAGAUUUUGCUAUGGGGCAGUUCAGCUCCACAUCAGACAGCAUUAAAAUCUGUCCCUUGUGAAUGGAGCGAAUCUCACAAAAAACAUAUCCAGUUCAUAUUUCACGCAAAAUCAAAAGAAUAAAAAAAUUUGCAUAAAGAAAUUUAAAGGGUUAGAAAAUUCAGUCAUUAUUUACUCACCCCCAUGUCGUUCCACACCCGUAAAACCUUCGUUCGUCUUCAGAACACAAAUUAAGAUA